GAGAGAGAGAAGAGAAACCAAAACCCUUCACAUUUCUCAGCACACCAGAGAGUGUAAGUAACAGAGCCAAAAUGAAGUACAAUCCUAGGGUUUCAAGCAGCCGUAGGAAGAGCCGCAAGGCUCACUUCACUGCUCCGUCCAGCGUCCGCCGCGUUCUUAUGAGCGCCCCCCUCUCCACCGAUCUCCGAUCGAAGUACAACGUGCGCUCCAUGCCGAUCCGUAAAGACGAUGAGGUGCAGGUGGUUAGGGGAACCUACAAGGGCCGCGAAGGGAAGGUGGUUCAGGUUUACCGUCGCAAAUGGGUGAUCCACAUCGAGCGCAUCACACGCGAGAAGGUUAACGGAUCCACCGUGAACGUCGGAAUCCACCCAUCGAAGGUGGUGAUUACAAAGCUCCGAUUGGACAAGGACAGGAAGUCGCUUCUUGACCGCAAGGCUAAGGGUCGUGCUGCCGCUGAUAAGGAAAAGGGUACCAAGUUCGCUCCUGAGGAUAUCAUGCAGACCGUUGAUUAGUUUGUUCACAUUUUCAUUUUUCUAUAUACUGCUACUUAGUUUGUUUCUGCUGUUAGUGUUGUUUCGUAUUUUAAAGCUUUAACUAUUUUUGGUCGCUAGUUUUUUUUGGAGGGUCUGGAUCUGAACAAAUCGUGGGAUUUUGAGGACUAUUAUGUUUUGCUUAUUUAUUGAAAUGCUUGACAUUAUUGCUGAUAAUGUUUCUUGGGUUUGUUUA